UCCUUCUGCCUCCUGUCUAUUCAAACAAAAAUCUGAGAAUCCCCUCCAAAUCCCUCUCUUUACUACUCUCCCUUCUUCCCUUCCCUCACUGUACAAACACCCACGUUACAGUACAGUACAAUCCAAACGCCAUGUCGUUGAGGCCGAACGCGAGAGUGGAGGUGAGGAGGAACAGAUACAAGGUGGCGGUGGAUGCAGAUGAAGGGAGGAGGAGGAGGGAGGACAACAUGGUGGAGAUCCGAAAGAGUAAGAGAGAAGAAAGCUUGCUUAAGAAGCGACGAGAGGGACUUCAGGCCCAACAACUUCAACAACAACAACAACAAGAAGUCACCUCCUCUCUUAACAUUUCUUCCGCUUCUGAUAAGCCGUUAGAUACUCUUCCGGCAAUGAUUGCUGGUGUUUGGUCAGAGGACAAGAAUUCGCAGCUUGAGGGAACUACUCAUUUCCGAAAGCUGCUCUCGAUAGAACGCUCUCCUCCGAUCAAUGAAGUUAUACAAUCAGGGGUUGUCCCCCGCUUCGUUGAUUUUCUUGCAAGGGAUGAUUUUCCACAGCUUCAGUUUGAGGCGGCGUGGGCACUCACGAAUAUCGCUUCUGGGACAUCAGAAAACACCAGGGUUGUAAUUGACCAUGGGGCAAUCCCAAUUUUUGUCAAACUCUUAAGUUCUCCAGCUGAUGAUGUCAGGGAACAGGCUGUUUGGGCAUUAGGAAAUGUUGCUGGUGACUCACCAAAAUGCCGUGAUCUGGUCCUUGGCCAUGGGGCUUUGAUGCCUUUGCUUGCGCAAUUCAAUGAACAAGCAAAGCAUUCAUUGUUAAGAAAUGCAACCUGGACAUUAUCAAACUUCUGCAGGGGCAAGCCCCAACCUUUAUUCGACCAGACAAAGCCUGCCCUCCCAGCUCUAGAGCGUCUCAUACAUUCAAAUGAUGAGGAAGUCCUCACAGAUGCAUGCUGGGCUCUGUCGUAUCUCUCAGAUGGAUCCAAUGAAAAAAUCCAAGCUGUUAUCGAGGCUGGUGUCUGCCCCCGACUUGUCGAGCUUUUACUUCAUCCAUCUCCGACAGUGCUCAUCCCUGCUCUACGUACAGUUGGAAAUAUUGUUACUGGAGAUGACAUGCAGACUCAGUGUAUGAUAAACCAUCAAGCUCUCCCAUGCCUUUUGAACUUACUGACAAAUAAUUACAAGAAGAGCAUCAAGAAGGAAGCAUGCUGGACAAUCUCAAACGUCACAGCUGGAAAUGUAAAUCAGAUACAGGCGGUACUUGAAGCAGGUAUUAUUGGUCCUCUUGUCCAACUGCUUCAAAAUGCUGAAUUUGAGAUCAAGAAAGAAGCUGCUUGGGCAAUUUCAAAUGCAUCAUCGGGUGGAAGCCAUGAACAAAUCAAGUUUCUGGUGAACCAGGGAUGCAUCAAGCCAUUAUGUGAUCUUUUGAUUUGUCCCGACCCUAGAAUUGUCACAGUUUGCUUAGAUGGUCUAGAGAACAUUCUAAAGGUUGGGGAAGCUGAAAAGAAUUUGGGCAGCACAGGAAAUGCAAAUCUGUACACCCAAAUGAUUGAAGAUGUUGAGGGUUUAGAAAAGAUUGAGAACCUUCAGAGUCAUGACAACAAUGAAAUAUAUGAGAAAGCAGUGAAGAUUUUGGAGACGUAUUGUGUGGAGGAUGGUGAUGACCUUGAGGCAUUUCCUCCUGGUGAUGCUUCCCAAUCUGGAUUUCAGUUUGGUGGGACCGGAGUUCCUGUUCCUUCUAACGGAUUUAAUUUCAGUUAAGCAGGACCUAAGUUGAUGGUGGAAUGAAGCUGAGAGUCCAGGUUUCAAUCGAUGAAUGUUGUUUUUUUCUUUUUGGGUAGGGAAGUCAAAUGCCAACGGAUCCUUCUCUGGUUCAUAUUCGGAUGUGGUCGAAGAGAUUCUCUUUCACAGAGGUUUUAAAAUAGGUUUGUGAAGCCAAGAAUUGCCAUUGCUGGUGGAGAGUACAGAAAGUUUUGAGUCUUUAUUUUUUUUCUUCUUUUUCUUCUUUUCCUUUUGCUGGGCAUUAUUUUGCAUGCCCUAGUUUACCAUAUCACAAGGAUGGAGCUGCUCAUCACAGCUUACAUCAUCCGUCUGUUUUAUAAUUUAGAGCAAUGAUAGGAAGAAACUACAACACAUGCUAUUUGUUCCUUCUUUUUAAGGUCGUUUCAUAUCAGUUUGGAAUCUCAAAAUUGUCAUUCCGAUUAGAAGAAACUAGAAAAUGCAUCAAUUAUCAGUUUCGAGGUGGGAUUUUUGUUGACUGUGAAACAAAAAUGAAGAAUUUUUUAUAUAAAUUUUACUGUUAUUGCUUUC